CGAGCGCGACCCAGAAUUUCGUCCUUUCUCGAUUCCCAAUUCCUCUUUUGCCUUCCGUGAAGUCCUUGGACGAAAUCCAUCAUGACUCAAAAGAGGAGGAACAACGGACGCGCAAAGCACGGCCGUGGCCACGUCAAGCCCGUGCGCUGCUCUAACUGUGCUCGUUGCGUUCCCAAGGACAAGGCCAUCAAGAGGUUCUUGAUCCGCAACAUGGUUGAGCAGGCCGCCAUCCGUGACUUGGCCGAUGCUUCGGUCUUCGAGGAGUACGCCCUUCCCAAGUUGUACAUCAAGAUGCACUACUGCGUGUCAUGUGCUAUUCACUCGAAGAUUGUCCGUGUUCGUUCCGUUGAGGGUCGUCGUGACCGUACCCCGCCCCAGCGCUUCCGUGGCUUCCAAAAGGACAAGAAGCCUGCUGCUCAAAAGGCGUAAAUGUCCUGAUGUUUGUGAGGGGUUGGUGUAUAUUGUGGAGUCAAUAUAGGGCUAAACAUUUAAACCUA